AUGUCCACAUUCCCUAUAGUUGACGGCGUUACAGUCGCUAUUCCACCACCCGAGGGUUAUGCGGUAAACUUUGAUCAUCCCCUUCAACGACAUGCCAUAGAGUCAUAUGUCAUCUCGGGUAUAGGCACUGCACUUGCUUUUCUUUUCUUUUCCCAGUAUUUAUAUGUCAAACUCUGGGUUUUACGUAAACCCGAUGGGGAGACGGCGGUCCAAGUCGUUUCUCUUAGUUCAUUUAUUCUCGGUGUAACAGGAGUACAUGCUUGGGAACUCCCUCUCGAAAAGUUCAAUGAAGGGAAUCAGCUCACCUUCAUAUCUCCCAUCCUAUAUGCAGUAUGCACCGCCUGCUCCAAGAUGGCGCUGGCGCUAUUCUACCGAAGGCUUUCGCCCCAAAGAUGGUGGAAAUGGAGCGUGUAUAGCGUCUUUUUCCUCGUUGCUGGCUAUAAUCUGGCCAUCUUGCUGGUGGUUCUCUUUGGCUGUACACCGUUCAAGAAGAGCUGGGAUCUCACUAUACUUGAAGGUUCAUGCGUGGAUCGAGGAGCGGUGUAUGUCUGCACCGCAGCCCUGGGCAUUCUUUCAGAUCUUGUCCUGCUUGUUAUGCCGUUACCGAUGAUUCUGCAGUUGCAGAUGCCACGACGGCAAAAGGCUGGUCUUGUGGUGUUGUUUGUCAUUGGUUCUGCAACACUUGUAACGUCUGUGGUUCGGCUGGUACUACUAGUUCCAAUUGUUGAUGCAAACGACUACACCUGGGUUCUCUCCAGUGCGGUGGUUUGGAUCUUUGUUGAAGCAAACCUCUUAAUUAUAUGCGCAUCGCUGACGACUCUCCGACGAUUCUUCAUCCAUGUCGCACCAAAAUUCAUCGGCGAACGCGGGUCAUCAGCUCAAUACUCUGCAACCAGUAAAGGAACACGACAACAUCCAUUCCAGACAAUAGGAAGCAUUAGAAACAAAACCCGGAAGGAUAGACUCGGUGUUCAGAUCGAGGACCCCGGAUUCGACCUCAAAACAAUCGUUCAGGCGCAGCCCGUGACAACCGAGGUCACGGCAUAUGAGACAGACGAGCAGCCAGAACAGAUGAUAAGGCACCUCCGUAGACAAGAGUCAGUCAAUAAGUUUGGCGAGGCAGCCGUGAGGACUCGGACUCAGAUGUGGGAUCCCCGCAACAGCAGCGAUGAUGAGGAGCGGGCGAUUGUUCAGACGACAACUGUGACAGUUGUAUACGGACCAAGAACUGAGUGA